AUGUUUGUCGGUGUGAGCCCGGAAUUUGAAGUUGCCCUCUACACGGUUUGUUACUACGCCAGGCCCAACAAACGCUGUCCCAUGCGUGUCAAUGGGAAAACGUUCGACGUCAAGACGUUUCAGCAACUGGAUUCUGCCAAAAAUGAAACUUAUCUCGGUUCUGCUUUUGCCCAGUUGUUUGACAAGCAUCCCAAGUACAAGGACAAGUUUUACAAAUUAAAAGACAUCCCCAAUGAUCAGUUGCCGACCAACAAAGCCCUCGCCUGUCACUCACUCAUGUUCACUCGCGCCAUUGAGACUAUGGUUGAGAAUGUCGACGACAAGGACAUGAUGGAAGAGAUUUUGCUGAGAUUGGCAUACAGACAUAUUCGACUGGACCUUUGUGACAAAGACCUGCAGCGAGUGAGUGACCUUUUCAUUGACCAACUGGACAAAAGUGAACAUCAAAUCUGGAAGCAAGCUUUUCACAAGCUGAAUCCACAGAUUGGAAUCUUUUUGGACAGCCUGAAGCGAGAAGGUCAUGUUUGAUAUUCUUGUGGUGUUACUUCUUUCCUUUCAAUAUCAUGUAAUUUUGGCAACUAGAGGGGAAUGAAAUAUAAAAUGGAAUCUGUGGAUGGUUUUUAAUUGAAAAUACCACAA